CUCAAUUCUCCCCCCUCCACUUCCGUCAACAUGGCUCGCGAUCGCGAACGGCAACAGUCUAUACAAAAGGAUCAGGGGAAACACUUCCAAGGUGUUACCAAGCAAAGACCGCUUCGCAGCAACACGCCUCUAAACUCCCGACAUCAACAAGCAACCAAGGAUCGAAAGCGAUCGCGCUCCGCUAAAAACCUACAUUGCGAAAUCCCUACCGAAGCGCCCCAAAAAGGACCGUGGACGUGUCCUCCAGAUAUACCUGCACCGGUACGAGGACAGAAGCGAUCGCUACCUGAAGAUUCGGCGAAUUACCCCCGAAAGCGACCACGAAAACCCCAGCCCACCUCUUACAAGAGAGCAGAUCAUUCGUCCAACUUUAGCAAAUUGGAUUUGGUUGAGGCGUGGCUGGAGCCGGGCUCUUCACCAGAGAUAUACACUGAGGGUACGGACGCGGUGUCGAACACUUCUUCGAGGGGAAAAAGAAAGCCGACACAGAUUUACACUGAGGGUAUGGACGCGGAGUCGAACACUUCUUCAAGAAGAAGAAGAAAGCCAACACAGACUUACACCGAGGGUAUGGACGCAGGGUCGAGCGCUUCUUUAAGGGGAAGUAGAACGCCGACACAGACUUUUGGUAAGGCAUCACGAAGUCAGUCGCAGCGUUCUUUGUCAAGUGACCAAGAGACGUCAACGCAGGCGUCUCAGAAGACAACCUGCACCGCUGCAAACUAUCGCUUUACGGAUCUUAAAGGGGCAGGGAUAUUCGUUGAGGGAGUGCCUCCAAGCGAAAUUCAAAAACAAAUUGACUCAGUGGUGGAAGGUGAAAUUUCCCAAGACAGGGAGAAAACCAUAGCCCAUCUCGCCGGCCAACUCUGCCAGGACUUUUCAAAUAUUCUACCUGGAGCAGCCGGCGAAGAUGACUGCUUGGAACUUCUCUAUAAGACUCUUUCCGCUCUGUUUCCUCAAGAUAAGAUUAUGCAUACAAGGAAAGCAGAUUGGCGACCAAGCCUCAAGCCUCGUACUCGCUCCACCUGGGACUUCAGUUUUCUGGAUAAGUCUGAGGACGAGCCCGGGAACGAAUCGGAGAACGAACCGGAGAACGAGCUCAACGACGCUCAUAAUACUUCUAAUUCUUUCUCUCGAGGAGUUAUUCCGAGAAAGCGAGCGCAAGCCGAGUACCUUUCCCCACAACAUUUCAACGAAUCAGACGAGGCAUACGUGACGGGCGAGACACCUCGUCCAGAUAUUACUAUUGGCAUCUUCCACGACGCAUUAGUGCAGGGAUUACAUCGUGACCAUGGUCUUGACCCUAAUCAGGCAAGCUAUUUCCUUGAGGACCUCCAAGGAAAGAUUAUAUGGCGAGAGGGACGGGAAGAACCAAUACUCUGCAGCGAGCCAACUCAAAGAGCACUUCGGACUCGAUUCCCAUUUUUAAUAGUAGAGGGCAAAUCGUAUGCUACCGGUAAACAUAUCUUCGACGCGGAGAACCAAGCCGCAACCGCAGGCGCCUGCGCCCUCAAAAUUCAGCGCGAUCUUGAUGAUCUUGCUAAACGGGCAUCCAAAAGUACCCUUUCACAGAAGGCUCUUGUCUUUUCUAUCUGCACGCAAGGACCUUACCAUGAACUUUGGGGUCACUAUACCGUCGUUGAAGGUACAAUCUGCAAGUUUUAUAUGGUACCUAUCAAGACGUGCCGUGCGCCCAUAGUCAAGGAAGUCAAACAAUGGCUACUCUCGGUUGACAACGUUAUGAGAUGGGGGGUUGGUGAGUUCUUUGAGACUGUGAUAGAGCGACUAGGAAAGCUAGCUAGUCGGGCAAGCGGAGUGACUUAG